AUGGAGGACACAGACCAUGAUCGAAAUUCCGACUCUGACGCGGAUUUUGUGGAUUUCGAAGCACAGAAGGCGACGAAAUUGUGAGUUUUUAGAUAAUUUUUACUUUUAAUGACUUUGAAAACUGCAGGAAAAAUGUGAAAGAGAUGGUGGAGUGCGAAAUCGCUUUCACGGUGAUCAGGAAACGGCAAAGGGCCCAGGCGGCCGCUUUGGUUGGUUUUAAAUUUAUGUUUUAGCUGAUUCUUCUUUUUUUUUGUCAAACUGACAUAUUCAAAUAAAGAUUGUAAAGGUCUUAAAGAAGAAGUAAAAUGUUGAAAAAGAAGAAAAAAGUUCAGAUCAAACGAAAGAAGGAAGAGUUGAAUACGGAGACGAAUCCGGAUUUUGUGACGAGAAAAGGAGAAAUUGAAAAAGUGGCUCAUUCUGCCUACUCGGUGAGUUUUUCCAAACGUCCCAACUUUUUUUAAUGUUUUAUGUUUCCCAGGAAGCCAAGUUGGUAUAUUUGUUGGCGAAAAAAACUCGGCUACGGAAAUUUACCAAGGCCAGAAAGAGUUCAUUUUGAACGAACAGGAAGAUAAUAAAAAGUUCCUGCAGGUUUUAAAUAUUAUUUUAUCGUAAUUUUGAAUAUUCUCAGGAACAAAUGACCGCAGAAAUGGAGGAUAAACUCGGCAAAAAGCGGGAAAGACGUCGGAGUGUGACUUCUGCAUUGCGGAUUUUAGCUCGUGAUUUUUUUCUAUUUAAAAAAGGUUAUUUUAUCCUGUUCCAGAAGUCAAGUACAAGGAAGACGAAUAUUUGAUGAAGGGCAGUGAUUUGAAAGACAUUGCCGCGUCCAGGGUGGCCGGCGCGAUUAUCGUUGAAGAGCCCGACGAUGAGGUUUGAAAGGACUGAAAUUUUAGGUUUUGUAAAGAAAAAAGUGUUUUAUUUUGUUCGAAAAUAGUUGAAAAUGCAAAAAAAUUGUUUUUUGUUUUAGUGCCCUGUAACGGAAAAUGAUUCGUUUAGAGACAUAAAAGGUACUGUAAAAAUAUCUAUGAAAGUUUCAGGGUUUUUAAAAUUCACCAAUACGAGUAAAUUUUGACAUUUUGGACUAUUUAUUGAAGUUUUUUUUCUUUUUUGGAAACGAGUUUUUUUUUUCUGGGGAAAUGUAAAUUUAUUGAUAACCUAGGAAUCUUUCUGGGUCCGCAGGGAGGUCUCAGAAGCGGAAAAAAAUGGAAAAAUCAAAUAAAAAAAAGUCUAGUUAGUAGUGACCUGGCUUUAAGUUUCAUAUAUUAAAUCCUUUCCGAAACUUGAAAGGAGAGAUGGAUAGAUUGACAAGGACGACGCGUUGCGUACGCGACGCGGCUUUUGGCGCGAAAGUCGAGAUCAAACACGAGUUUAAAAACUUCAAAAAAAGACUUUAAAGAAAUUAAAGACUUUAAAAAAAAGAUUUCUUUUUGAUAGCUGUCACCUUAUCACGGUUUUAAAAAGAUUAGUUGAACAAAAAUGAAUGAAAAAAAUAAUAAUAAAAGUCUUGCCAAUCGACCUACUCCCAUGCCGCCCAGAUGUCUCAACGGGUGUACCCAUAUUAAGCCCUUAUUUUUUUUUUUCGAGGCUUUUCGUGUCACUAUUGCGUUAAAACAAGUUUAAGUAGAAAUAUGUGAAAAAGUUGUGCUAAAACGGGCACACCCGAUGAUCAUUCAAUACGGGCACACCCGCUGACACGAUGACUUGCAGAUAAACAUGAUGGCGACCUACCACGGCGACCCGUCGACGUCUCAACUCUCGCCGGAGGAACAGGAGUUGCGCCAGGAGCUGCUGUUCACCGAAGGAGAUCACGGAAUCAUCCAGAACUUGGACACCCGGGACCCAAAAAUCGACAUCGAGGCCGAAAUCCCCGCCCCGGAUUCGCCAGAAGACUACGUCGCCUACGAAGGAGAACAGGUUGCUCGAAGAUUUGGCGCAUUUUUGAGGGUUGAAAUCGUUUUUCUUAUUCUUCGUGAUGAUUUAUUGAUUUUUUGGUCUUCUUAUUCUAAGGUUUUUCUAAGUUUUCCGGGAUAAUUUGAGAUUUUGGCGGGUUUUUGAGUUUUUUCAUUUUCUUCGGGUUUCGAGGCUUAUUUUUAUUUUCGAAUAAAAAAAGUUUAAACAAAUUAUUUGGGAAAAAAAGUUCCAGAAUUGCCCCCCCCGUCCGAACAAGUCCCCCACCCCCCAUCCCCAAGACAAAUUUCGACUGGGGGUCGAUUCUAGAAUGCCUAGACAAAAUUCAAGCUUCACCCCCCACUCACCCAAUUUUUGGAAUAAGUAUUGCAAGCCUUGUCAUCUUCCCCCAUAUCUUUCUAGAAUUGUUCGGACGGGGCUGUGAGGCAGGGGGGCAUUCUGAAAUGAUUUCUUUUACGUAGUUUGAUCUUUCUGGAACUUUUUGAAGUUGUGAGGAUUGUUAUUUUCAGCGCUCUGAUGGGGUUUCAGUUCGAAAAAAGCUUUGUAGAGUUUCUGAAGGAUUUAGAUUCAUUUAAGAAAGUUGUGAAAAACAGUUUUUUCUUUAUUUCCUGAUGGUACUGUAACUCCAUUGUCUUUCCAUGGGCAUUCACCUUUCCAUGAACUUUAUAAUCAGUCUUCUUUCCAGGACUCUGAGUACGGCGCCAUCGAAGAAGUGAGAUCUUCGGAAGACGUUCCUCAACACCUAGCCUCAACCUUCCAAUCGACGUCGACGUCGUCAUCUUCUGAAUCCCCAGUGCCGAACUCUGAUGAUGUCAUACACUCGUUGGAGCACAAUUUGCAGCAACAAUCCGUUUCUGUGUGA